ACUGAGAGAACAAAGUGGACUAAAGGCCAAGAAGAGGAGAGGAAGCGGAAGCUAAUAACGCUUACCGCAAAGAAUGAUUUCUAUGAGCAGGGUUGGUUUGGCUAUACCGACACCCAGAAAGCAAGCUACGUUAGGACAAGACGCGGGGAGUGCGGUCUUACCUACUGGGGGGAAUUCUGCGGGGGCAGAGUGUGCCAUCACCUGUGUGAGCAUUUCUUCCUAUCGCUAAGUCAUGAAAAGACUCCUCCUAAGCUUUGGUCAAUCCCUAAGGGAAGAAGACGAGAAAGAAAGGGAAAUAUCUAA